AUGGAGCCGGCGAGCUUUGAAACUGGAGACCCGUCUUCGUCGCCAGCCCGAGAUGGGCCAACCCCCGCCACCGUCACUGUGGUCCCACCCUACUGGCAAUCCCACCAGCGCAAUGCCUCGUAUCUGAGCAACUACUCUGCUGACAACGGCCGCCCCACCCCCAUCGGCCUCGAGGACCAUACGGAUGAGGACUCGGACCACUGCAAAGUCCUCUGGGCCAAGGGUGUCACGAUAGAUGAUUACGUUGUCAUCAGCGGGCCGUCACCGGGCUUUGGAGCUUACGUCGUCUUUAAUUGUACGGUCGAGACACUGGAUUGGCGCUACGCUUCCAAGUCUCUCACAUGCGCUGUACUGCAAUUCGUUGAAUAA